GUUACUUCCGGGUCAAUUGUUUCGCGCAAAGUGCCGCUUCGUCUUGUACGUCUCGACAGAUACUGAGAGAGUGAUGGCCAACCAAACCAUGGACAUUAUAGCCAAAGCUCUGGAGCAGUCGGCCAAGCUGGUGGAGGAGGAGGUGGACGCCCAGCUAACCAAGCUGAAUGAGAUGGAUGAAGACGAUCUGGAGAGACUGAAGGAGAGGCGACUAGAGGCGCUGAAAAAAGCCCAGAAACAGAAGCAGGAGUGGUUGUCUAAAGGCCACGGAGAGUACACAGAAAUCUCCAGUGAGAGGGACUUUUUCACUGAGGUGAAGGAGAACAAGAACGUUGUCUGCCACUUCUACAGAAGUUCAACCAUGAGAUGCAAGAUCCUCGACAAACAUCUGGCCAUUCUGGCAAAGAAGCACCUCGAGACCAAAUUCAUCAAACUGAAUGCAGAGAAGGCCCCGUUCCUCUCAGAGAGGCUCCGGAUCAAAGUCCUGCCCACGCUGGCUCUGGUCCUCGACGGCAAGACCAAGGACUACGUGGUGGGAUUCACUGACCUCGGCAACACAGACGACUUCUCCACAGAGGUGCUGGAAUGGAGGCUCGGCUGUGCCAGCAUCAUCAACUACAGUGGCAGCCUGCUUGAACCUCCAACCAAGACCCAGAGAUCGGGUUCGAAGUUCUCCAGAGUGGAGAAGAAGACCAUCAGAGGGCGGGGCUACGACUCCGACUCGGACUCUGGAGACGACUGAGGCGUCGGACAGCCAGAUGGUUUUCUCUCUCAGGGCAACCUCAGCAGUAGAAGUCUUUGAUUCCUCCUCUUCAGUUCAUCCUCCCUGAUCGCUCCAUUAUGACCAUCUUUUAAACAUCUGAAUGUCUGAGUCUGAGAUUGGAUAAAGGGUUUUUGGACAGCUGCGUCUUCUAUUUAUUACUGACAAAAACAAUUCCUGUUUGGUGUGACUGAUUACUUUAGGAAUUUCACUCUGAAUUGCAAGUCUUGUUUUCGUGGUUGAUCCUCCUGCCUCAUGUAAAUCUGUCGGCCUCAUCAGAAGGGCAGGAUUACUAUUACAACCCAUCAUCAGCAGGGUAAAACUAACUUGUCUCUCGACGGUCUAAAACCAGCUCACAUUCCCUGUUAGUGGGAGAACAAUCCGCUUGGCGAAUUCUGCUUCAGUGAUGGGAAGAGCCGACAUCAAAGGAGCAACAAAACGACAUCGCUAUGAACGCUUGCAUGUCGGUGCCAAUGUUUUCCAUCACCAUACAUUUUUACAUGACAGUUCCUUGUAGCAAGGGUUUCACAACAUGCAGACAAAUAAAACCGUUUUGGACAAAAAGAAAA